UAGAGUGUGAAUCAUAUCCUUUUAUAUAUGAGAUAUUUUCCGUAUCAUCAAAGCAUCCCAUGUUAGUAGACAAGAAAAAAGGCAAAAGUAUGAAUAUUGGUAGGAGAAAUAAUUAGAAAAAGUGUUAAAUAAAGGCCUAAAAAAGAGGAGGACGUGAAUGGUAGUCAUUGAAUUAUUAAAGGUUGAGUAUGAUGCAUGAAUUGGCAUUGAUCAAUAAAUUGAUAUGUCAAAUUUGAGCCAAUUCUUUUUCUAUUAAUGACAUGUGAUGAGUUGUGAUCACAUUGCCAUUUCUUAUACAAUCUCAUAAAACAAAUCAAAGUAGAUAUCUCCUACCAUUCUCGAAUCACUCUUUUAUAUAUCUCUUUGAAUACAAGAAAAUCUAUCAGUAAAUUAUUGGAAAAAUGUCGUGGCAAACAUACAUAGAUGAUCAUUUGAUGUGCCCUAUUGAAGACACCGCCAACCACCUUACCGCCUCCGCGAUCAUUGGCUUUGAUGGUAGCGUUUGGGCUCAAAGCUCCACCUUCCCUCAGUUUAAACAAGAAGAGAUUAGUUCUAUCUUGAAGGAAUUUGAUGAACCCAACACCUUGGCCCCUACUGGUCUUUUUCUUGGAGGAGAGAAAUAUAUGGUUAUUGCUGGAGAACCAGGUGCUGUUAUUCGUGGGAAAAAGGGACCUGGUGGAGUCUGUAUUAAGAAGACAACCCAAGCUCUAGUGUUCGGAACCUAUGACGAGCCAGUUACACCAGGACAGUGCAAUAUGGUGGUUGAGAGGUUGGGUGACUAUCUUAUUGAACAGGGCAUCUAAGCUCAAAUACAACAUAAAUACAGCAUAAUAAGGACACUUAUUAAUAUUGUUCUUUUGGGACACCUUAUUAUAUUUUUAUUUCACCUAAAUUAAUUUUGUUAUUGAUGUUUCUCCAAGUUUUUUUUGUACACCAGGUGUGUGAAGCGAUGACGCAGUGUCAAAAUAUAGAGUUUUGAGUUUUAGACUUAUUGUUGUCGUUAAAUAUUUGUAAUAUACAAUAUUGCCUUUGGGCUAUUGAUAUGGUUUUUAUUGAUAUGUAUAGUUUAUUAUCACAUUGUAAUUUUUUUAAAUAUCACGAUUAUUUUAUUUUGUGAAUGAAAUUCAAGAAGUUUUGGUAUGA